CAUUGAUUUUGUGAGAUAGGAAAGGAAGGAGCCCAUACCACGCAGGAACAACACUGUCCCCCGCUUUCUUUUACCCUUCACUUUACUCCUUGCAUCCAAUUCCAAUUCUCUCACUUUUCUCAAAUUUAAUUUUUCUUACGACAAAUUAAAAAAAUCAACUUUCGUAACCCAACACAAUCAAAUCACACGUUCAUUUCCCAACCCCAAUCCCCUUUUCAAUUGAAGCAAUGGGUUUGAACGCUUAGUGUUGGAAGGACCAAAAUGAUUCCGUGGGGUGGCCUCAGUUGCUGUUUGAGUGCUGCUGCCCUUUAUCUUCUCGGCAGAAGCAGCGGCAGGGAUGCGGAAAUUCUUAAAUCGGUUACGAGGGUCAAUCAGUUGAAGGAACUGGCUCAACUGUUAGAUGCUGAAAUAUUACCCUUGAUUGUUACAAUUUCUGGAAGAGUCGGCUCUGAAACCCCAAUUAACUGUGAGUUCAGUGGUUUAAGAGGCGUAAUAGUUGAAGAAACAGCAGAGCAGCAUUUUCUUAAACACAAUGAUGCUGGUUCCUGGAUACAAGAUUCUGCUUUGAUGCUAUCAAUGAGUAAAGAGGUUCCUUGGUAUCUGGAUGAUGGGAGUGAUCGUGUGCAUGUGGUUGGAGCUCGGGGUGCCACUGGUUUUGCAUUACCUGUUGGAAGUGAGGCAUUUGAAGAGUCAGGUCGGUCACUUGUACGUGGAACAUUGGAUUAUCUCCAAGGUCUCAAGAUGCUUGGGGUCAAGAGAAUUGAACGGGUACUUCCUAUUGGAACUUCCCUGACGGUUGUUGGUGAGGCUGCUAAAGAUGACGUUGGGACCAUUCGAAUUCAACGACCCCACAAAGGACCAUUUUAUGUCUCUCCCAAAACAAUUGAUCAACUAAUUGCAAAUCUGGGAAAAUGGGCAAGGUGGUAUAAGUAUGCCUCUGUGGGCUUGACAGUGUUUGGUGCUUAUCUGAUAGCUAAGCAUGCUAUUCGGUACAUAUUGGAAAGACGUCGCCGCAGCGAACUACAAAGAAAGGUUCUUGCUGCUGCUGCUGCGAAGAAGUCAGGAUCAAAUAAUGAUGUUGAAAAGGCGGACAGCUUAUCAGAUGUUGCUAAAAGGGAUCGUUUAAUGCCGGAUUUGUGUGUAAUAUGCCUUGAACAGGAAUACAAUGCUGUUUUUGUUCCGUGUGGCCAUAUGUGUUGCUGUACAACUUGUUCUUCACACCUGACCAAUUGUCCUCUUUGCCGGCGACAGAUAGAGAAGGUUGUUAAGACUUUCCGUCAUUGAGAAUGAUACAUGGAAGCCCAACUAAAACAAGUCACUUGGAAUGAGGAAUUGUGCCUUAACAAUCCAAGGGCAACAAAAUUGGUCACUGUUGAUUUAGCACUUUUUCAUCGUCUAUAUUUUUUACAGGCUUUUGUCUGUGAGCAAUUAUGAAACCAACGGCCUUUACAGAAAUAUCUACACGGAUUUGGCAUCAAAGUUUGUAAAUAGUUAUCAGAACAAGUUAUGUUACUUCAGUCUGUUGUAGAACUUUAUUUUCUCAUAGGAUGGAUUCUACUUUUUGUUGAAUGUUUCUCUUCUUAUGUACUGUGAAAACAAUUUGUCAAUCAUACCAGGGGCUCAUUGUAUACUCGAGUUCUUAGCUUGCGUAUGUAGUUUGUACUGGAUAGUUGUCUUUGUAAUCACUAUUUCAUCAAUGACAAUGACAAUGACAUGCAUUUCUCAUCCA